AUGGACUCGUUCCUCCAAGCCCGGGAUAUCAUUCCCUUCCCACCCGGCGACAACUCGAGUGACACAUUGAUUGGAAAUAGCCAUCUCAACCUCACCACUCUUGAACACUGGAACUACACGCUAUUCACAAACCAAACCCUCUCCAAUGGCUCGUGGUGUCUUUUGGCUUGGGAACCGUGGAUCGCUGACUUUGUCAUGCCCAAUGGCACCUUCGUCAACGCAACAUGGUGUUGGUCUCCCGUUAAUGGCAUCGGAGAACGAGCCGGCACUUCGAUUGGUUUUGCUGUUCUCUUCGGCGUCGCUCUUGUCCUGACCAUCGUCGCGCUUAAUCGACACGGUCGCCUCUACCUCCCCGUCACAAAGCGAUUCUAUCCCAUUGGAAGGAGAUGGCAGUGGUACUGGGGUAUUAUUGUCAGCGCUACUGCCGUUGUCAGUUUGUUUACCGCCAUGGACGUCGACCGAUACUAUCUUCCCGAGUUGCCACUUAUCCUCACGAGUUUCUUCUGGUUUCUGAUGCAGCUGGGCACUAUUGCCCAGGUAUGGGAAGCAGUGCGCCAUUGGGGCAGUUGGAUGGAACGGCAGUUUAUAGAUCCGGACCCCUACGCCUUGCGAGAUGACGAUAGAAGAUCAAAGGUGGAAUUCCAUCUGCCCUUGAUCUUCUAUUUGUUCUGGUGGCUUAACUUCUUCAUGAUUAUUCCCCGAAACUGGACUCCCAUCCAGCACCAGCGCUACCCCGAACAAGUAGUCAACGAAGCUGAGCCCUCCGCCACCGAUGCCCGGUUCAAAGCCGCCGGCUUUUUGUUAUUCGUCUGCUGGUGCUUAACAGUCUUCUCUCUCCGCCAUUCGAUCAAACACUACCGCCCACGCAACCGUGGAAUCAUCAACCGAUUCGUAGGCUUCAUUCGCAUGACGCCUCUCCGAUUCAAGCUCCUUAUUCCCAUCGCACUUGUCGUCCCGGCCUAUCAGGAGCUUUGCGCAUGGAAGUUUGAGUACAGCCCCUUGAACCUCGAAGGGAACCGAGCCGCUAUUUUUGCUGGUGGCUACGCCCCAGCCUUAUUGAUCAUGUACAUCCAGGUCAUCUUUGGGUUCAUCAACGAGAAUGAAGACAAAGAACUCAAACGCCAACGUAUCGUACGCAACCAGCAGCUCGACCAGGAGAUGGGCAUCGUCAAGAAGCCCGGAUGGUGGGCCAGAGUCAACGGAGAGGUAGUUGUGCCAGGAGAAAGCAUGCGCGACCAACUCGUCCGCAAUGUCAGAGAAAUCCAGGGGAAUAAACCGCGCAACAAUGAAAGCCCGGCGUCAGAUGAUGUCCCAAUGAGCCCGCUCUCCCCUUCCGCACCGGGCAUGUCCCCAGCUGGGACAAAUACACCGCCGACGUCACCACCACCGCUGUAUAAUGGUCGGUCAGAGCGAAUUCGACAAGAAAGAGCCAUGCAGGCGGUAGCUGGUGCUCUUUUCCCUCAAAAUAGAAGUGCAGAGGCAGAAAGGGGAAGGAGGGAACAGGAGCUGAUGAUGGAUGGCCCUGCACCCUCGGCAGCAGCUACGACGGCUCCACCACCACCGCCAUAUCCAGGUGCGACAGGGGCAAGGGAGGGGAGUGUAGCUCCUAGUGUGGGCUCGAGGGUGAGCCAACAGCCACCGCAACAGAUAAGGAGCAUGCUUGAUAUUUAG